UUUUGCCUGGUUGCUUGGAAGAUGCUGUUCCCUUGUGAGGACUUAUGAGGAGGAACUUGGGACUGACGCCUUUGCGUCGGGGAGGCGCUACUGCUCUUCCCGGAGCAUAAAUCCAGGGGAAUGCUGAAACCGCGCAUUCGAACCUGCUAUGGGCAGCGCGCAUGAGGAAGCGCCACCGUAGGAACACGAACCUUCCACCGUAGAGUUACUUGGCUGGUCUUGGGGAAUGCCAUUCUUUUUGCGUGUUGGGCACAUGGUAGUGUUUUGAUGGUGUCGCAAACUCCGUACGAUGAUCGCCGUUUCCUCACCGUACAGUGUUGCGUUGCGCCUGUAUAUACAGGCGCUCCUGUGCGUUGCAUGCCGUUCGUCACCGGUGUCCACGGAGCGGCAAGCAGGACAAGCUGAUGCCCAGGGUUUCCUGGAGAAGUAUGGCUACCUGCACCAGGAGGAACACAGACACAACGCAGCAGAGCUCCAGUCAGCCGUCCAGGAGUUCCAGUGGCUGGCCCACCUGCCAGUCACCGGCCAUCUGGACAGCGUCACCCUGGGGAAGAUGGCGGCGCCGCGGUGCGGGGUGAAGGAUGGCGGGAGUCAUCGAGCCUGGGGGAAGAGGGUCAAUGCCGUCUUCACUGGAGGCAGCAGCGCCAGCGGUGGGCAGCGCCCACGCAAGAAGAGAUACACCCAGACAGGUCAGUGGGCAUGUGUGAAAACUGUACCAGACAGCUUUGUGGUUCGAGUGAUUCCGUGUGGAUGGUAUGAUCACAGGAUGCUUUCACUGUCAGUGUUUCUACUGAUGAAACUAGGGCUGAACGAUUAAUUGCAUUUGCGAUUUUAUCGCGAUAUGAUAGAACGCGAUUUUCUAACCGCAACGUUCGCGAUUAAAAAACGUGGUUUUUUU